AGAGGUCACGUGACUAAUUCAUUUCCGGUCGAAUGAUGGCCGACUUCUUUAACUUUUGGAAGUUCUGUCAAAAGUUAUGAACUCUGUAUAGGGUAGUUCUGAGCAUCAUUUCUACCCAGUGUUGAUUUCAUUGACAUGGAAUUACUCGUUAAUUAUGGUGCUUGUGCUGAUAUUAUCAAGGCGUUUUCGUGAUGUCCGCUCAGGAACGCCAGGAAUUAGCAUCAGCCAGGAAAAUACCAAAUCCCGAAACACUGGAACAGAAGGGACCAGAGAAGUGUGCCAUACCUCGGGGACCCAAAGAUUGUCUGACACCUCAGAGCUCACCAAGAGGACCCAGAGAUUGUCUGACCCCUCAGAGCUCACCAAGAGGACCCAGAGAUUGUCCAACACCUCAGAGCUCACCUGGACAGAAGAUGACCAAGAGCAUGUCCUUGACAAAUCUCAACAAUAAUCAGAAAGCCAACUCUGGCCCUGUGGACCAAGAUGAUAUAUUGGCCCUUACUCAGCAAGUCAAAUUGUUCUCAGAUGGCUUGUCCCACCUCAAAACAGUCUUCACAGACCUCUCAGGGUCUGGGGAGGAUCUAAGGAUAAUGUCCCAUUCUCGUCUGGGAGAAGUUUUGGCCAUCUUGAAAAAUAUUUUGCAUAAAUACCCUGCUUUGCAAUCUACAGAUUUGUUUUCCUCCUCAGCGGCUCUAAUCAGCAAAAUUAAAACUCAUGAUUACAAUGAAUCACCGUCCUCGUUAGCUGAGCAUAAUUUUUGUGAAUCAAUUGACCAACUGGCGCUGGCAUUUAGCAGCAGUGUGUCGGAGUAUUUGAUGGGGGACCUAGGAAACAUAUCACUAGAGAAGGAGGGGAGAGCGGACAAAACAAAGUCAUAUGGAGACCUUCUAAAAAUGGAAAAAAAUGCAGGAUUGUUUGCUGCAGAGCAAGCCAUUCAAGAUGUGAUGAAUCCUGAGGAAAUUGAUUCUGUUCUUCUGCGAUUACAAGCUGGUGUGGACCUGGCCAUGCAGAGAGCUAAAGCUUGGUCCAAAUACAUGAAAGAAGUCACAACCUACAUAGAGAAAAAGACUCAAUUAGAGACUGAUUACUCGAAGAACAUCCUCCGGUUGGCAAACAGUAUGCUUCCUGUUCUUUCAGAUGAGGAAAACUUACCAUUGCAAUCUGUCUUCUGUACUGUGAUCUCACAAGAUAUUGAGUAUGCCACUUCUUGUCAAGCCACACAGACACUCAUCCAGUCAGCUAAGUUUGUUGAGCCAUUAACAUCAAGGAGAAAUGAACAUGACAAGAUGAGAAGGUCUGUUAAAGACACCUGGGUCAAAGAAGUGAAGAAGAUGCAAGAGGCUGUAAAUAGUUUGAGGAAGUCUCAGUCCAUGUACAUGAUGAGGAAGCAGGAUUAUGAGAAAGCAAGGGAACAAUCCUGUAAAGUCGAGUCUGACAUAUUGGACAAGAGCAGUAGCAGCAGUGCACUCAGCAAGAUGGACAAGAGGAGAAAGGUGGAAGAAGAAGCGAUGCACAAGGCAGCAGAGGCAGAGACAACCUACAAAGCAUGUGUGGCGGAGGCAAACUCGAAACAACAGGAACUGGCCAAAACUAAAAGUGAACUCCUGUCCAAGAUCAGAGAGCAGAUUUUUCUGUGUGAUCAGGUGAUAAAGUCUGUGACAAUGGAUUACUUCGACCUCCUCCACACACUAGCUGCCCCUGUCCCUGUUCAGUAUCAGACACUAUGUGAGGCCAGCAAGAAGUACCAGCCAGGAUCUCAGUUCAGUGCCUUCGUACACAGAAUGGCAAUGUCACCCACCAAUGCACCUUUGAAAGAGGAGGCCUUUGUAUUUGAACCAUUUAUUUCUACAAGAGAAACUCAGUUAAGGAAGACAAGUACACAGUCCUCAGGGUCAUCAAAUGAUCUUCAGCUGCAUGAUGGAUCUCCUUUAAUGGGUAGAAAUGAUCGGUACCGAGUGAAGGCAUGGGGAACAACUCUUGUCAGUGAAUCUGACAGUGGAAGCAGUCGUUCCGUGGAAUCCUCCCCCAGCAGUAGUCCCCACCAGAGUGGCCGCAAACCUUUUGUGAAGUCUGGCUCCCUUGAUGACCUGGAAGAAACAGAUGGUGAAGCCACAUUACUUGGGUUACCUUCUACAGAGGUUGACCUGCAAGCAUUAUUGAAGUUGAUGACCGAUCAGAUGCAGUUCGGGGAACAUCCAUCAGUUUUACUGCGGCAGAGCAGGCGACGGAACACAACAUUUGGUGUAGAUUUCCAGGAGCAGGUGGAGAAAAGUCGAUCAGCAAUCCCCUCUAUUGUGACAAAGUGCCUCACAGAAAUAGAGAAAAGGGGUAUCUUAAUAAAGGGUAUAUACAGAAUGUCAGGGGUAAAGAGCAAGGUGGAAGCAUUGUGUUCAAGGUUUGAGAAGGAUCCAGAUUCUGUGAACUUAGAUGAUGAGCAUCCUAAUGUCAUAUCUAAUGUUCUGAAGCUCUACCUUAGACAGCUUCCUGAACCACUUCUAAGUUUUAAGUUGUAUUCCAGUUUUAUACAAAUAGCAAAGGAUAACAUGGGCAAUGUGUUGAAUGAAGAUGAAACUUUGAGCAAGCUAGGGGACAUGGCCUCUAAACUACCAUAUUCCAAUUUCAAAACAUGUGCAAUGUUAAUGCACCAUUUAUCAAGGAUAGCUUCACACAGCUCCACAAAUCAGAUGACGGCCAGUAAUUUGGGUAUUGUGUUUGGACCCACACUUUUGCGGCCGUUAGAGGGCACGGGAAGUCUUGCCUCACUAGUGGACACACCUCAUCAAACUCGAACAGUGGAGCUGUUGAUCAUUAAUGUUAAGGAUAUCUUUGGCCCAGAGACAGAGUAUGAAUUGAUACCUGCAGAGACCCCUGUAGAACAAUUGUCAGUCAAUGGACAGAGCAGACAUGAGAAAGAACCAGAUAUUGAGGAGACCAAAGAUAGGUCCAGCAGAACCAAAUCUAGCAUUGAAGAAGGGAAUCUGCACUUGUUGACUGAUAACAAAUCCAAGGCCUCUGAAACAGACAUUGUAUUACCGGGUAGCACUGACAAGAAAAGUACUUCACCCCCAGCUGUGUCCGAGGUAACCCUUUCAGAUGAUAAUGCUGAUGUAAACUUCGAUGAUGACUUCACAGAUAUUAAUCUUCCCGACGGGUCUUUCUCUUCCCAGCAUGCAAAUUCUUCUGUUUCCUCCACAACUUGCAAAGGAGUGGAGCUCUUAGCCAGACAGUAUCGUCUUCAGAGCUUACCAAUCAAAGAGGAGAUACAGAAAGUGACCCGGCCGAUCAUCAUGAAGCCAUGUCCUCCACAAGAUCUAGCUCUGAGUCCAGAGUCUGCUAAAAAGAUGUUGGUGCCCUCCAUUACAAUUGUAGAGAGCAGUCCUAUCACCGAGUCCCAACCCCAGAUGUGUUACCCACUCAAGCCCUCAGACAAAUCGAAAUUCCGAACAAGUGCCCUCCAAAACCUCAAAUCCAUAGGGCCUUCCUUACAGUCAUUUGUUAUUGCUACAGCCAAGGGACUUAAAGCUAACUUUCCUUCCAGCGCCAAAUCAGACAAAAGUGAUUUUGUGAAAGAUAAGAAAUCAAAGACAUCUCCACCUUUACAACGCCAGUCUUCCUCUGACAGCUUGUCAUUGUCUUCCAUCAAAAAUGUGCUUCAGAAAUCUCCCAAACUUCCUAGGCAAUCAUCCUUGUCAGAAAUUAAGGAAAAGCCCCAUUUACCAAAAGGUUUCAAAUCCUUAUCAGAGGGAAGUAGUGAUAUACCCUUUGAAUCUGCCAAAAAAAUUACUACUGCAAUCAAAAAUGAAGACUCUAAUGACUAUAGAAUUGAAGAGGAUAAGGGGGAGUUAGACACUCAUCAUUAUAAAAGAGAAGGGGAAAAGAGUCAUUCAGAUCAACGAGAUGAUCCAGCUGCAGCCGAGAUAGCUUCACCAGAAACUAUCAGAAAAAAGACAACUUCCUACCCAACAGUCACCAACACUGAAUUCCCUGUUCAAAAAAUGACACCACCUAUAACAAGACAAACAAAAGUGUCCUUUGCAAUUCCCGAGGACUCUGACUCAUCCUCAGUCUCCUCAGGAGUUUCCUCACUGACCAGUCCCUGGUCUUCACCACAGCCAAAAAGGCCCAGUCUUAGUAGACAAAAGCCAAUAGAGACUGAAAUUACAGUUGAUUUGAGCAGAAGAGAGUCAAAUGAAGAAAAUAAUAAAAGCCCCCAUUCAUUGAAGAAUCCGGAGUUCAUGGGAAAAGUUGAGGAAAUUUCAGCGAAUUCUGAUACAGAUCAAUCAUCGAAGAGUAUUUCUGCUCCCAAAGAGGAGGCCCCUUUGUUGACCGUGGAAGGUCAACCAAUGUCAGAAUCUGAAUCAAAAUUUUCAAUGAAUGGCCAAGCAAAUUUACCACAGUCAGUUGUAUGUGACAUGACUAUCCAAAAAGAUAAAAUGAUUUCAGAAGAUCAGCAAGGUGCUGUUUUGGAGAAUCCUGCUGAAUCCUCCAGUGCUACAAGACAGAAACAGAUUCAGAUGUCAAAUAUUUCCCCCAUACAAGAAACUGAAAGUAAAGAGGAAAGCAGAAAUCAGCUAAAGCCUCCCAAUAUUACACCCACAGGUUUGUCAUCCUCAUCCAGUGAAGGAGACAUUGUUAACAAUAUACUUCUAAAGGAUGAAGAUGUCAUGGAAUAUAAACCAAGCACAGAUGAUACAGUAAAGAAAGCCUCCUCCAGUGAUUGUCUACAUAGUGACGCAGUGGGGGAGAAAGGAUCUCCUAAUUCCCCUAGAAGACCUUUCAAAUCCUCCAUCAGUUCUUCAGCCUUACUUCUGUCCAGUUUAUCACCAGUUCUUCCUCGAGGACAUACCUAUUAUUCACAUUCUCUCUCUUCACUGAAUGCCAAUUCAAUUUUAGCAGGCAAUGUGCCAGCAAGACCCAUCAGAUCAACAGCCAUGCAAAGUAUUCAUACCCCAUACACUCCUUUAAGAUCUUUAUCCCAAAGUGUCCCAAAUCUGAGAGAUUCUCGAAAAAGACAGACAUCAGCACCACCCAGUUUCAGACAGAGCUUACCUGAGACAAGCUUUCUUGAGGAGGAACCAGGGAGCUCUGAUUCUAAUGUCACGAGUACCAGUGUUGAAGGACUACCUAGAGUCAAUGACAUUGAUGGUGAACCAGAGCUUAACAAAAAGUCACUACAAAUUGGUGCCAAGUCUAAAGAGGGCCCAAGUAGAAUAUCCACUAAUCCUGCGGUUAGUAGAGCAAAAUUAGGUCCAAAAGCACAGAUACAGACAUCCAAACCAACAAGAGAUAGUCAGAGACCUCCAAAGGGUCCUAGUGGAAUAGUGAUGGGAAAGGCUGCCAUUUUACCAAGCAGAACAGGGCCUAGGUCUGCAACAAGUCCUCGUAAAAAUGGGCAGUCACAAGAACCUAAGAAACCAGCAGGUGUCACAGGAACAUCUGAAGAAUCGGGGAAAAAGAAAUCCUCUCCAUCACGCAAGCCCUCAGCUGCUCUGGCAACAUCAGAGUCACACAACUUUUCUUGUGCAACCUGUGGAAGACGAAGGUCAUCGGCAACUAAAUUAAAUGAUGAUACACAGAAUUUGUCUGAGAAAGACAAGACCAACAGUGAGAGGAAGUUGUCUGCGAGUAGUAGGGGAACUAAGACUACUGUAGAGGAAAAGAAAUCCACCGACAGCAAAAACAAGCCCAAGCUACACAAGGACAGGACACCCAGAUUUGUUUAGUACAUACAUAGUGAUGUUUUUGGCAGAUUCCGUGUGAUUUUUUUGAUAGAAGUUUAAAUGACAAGGAUGAUGCCCCCUCUUUUGAAGUGUUAGACAAUAAGCAAUGGAAUAUUUCUAACUUAUUCUCUAGAACAUAGAAUAUUUAAGUUCUAGACUAACCAAAUGUUCUUAUAGUUGCCAUAUUUUAAAAAUCUCUGAAGCUUUUACCACAGAUCUGUGAUAUUUCAUUCUUGGUUACGACACUACACAAAAGUAAAAACAGUUGUCCCGAGAUGUCAGUGUAUUGUGCAAUAUGAUUGGCUGUAUUCAGAGUCAACAGGUCAUGCUAUUUUAUUUUGGUUGUUUUUAAUUACACUGAAAGUUGUUUGUAUUUGUAACAUAAUUUUUAAUAAGUAUUUAUUGUAUCUGCUUUGUGGUUUUAUAUUUUAUAAUGUUUCUAGGUUUAUACAUUUGAAUGUUUUUGUAGAGUGUACGGUGUUCACUAAGUAUCUCUUUCAUCAUAUGCUGUAUACAGUUGAUUUUAAGCUUUGUUAUGUGUUGUCUAUAUGUCUACAGCUGUAAUAUCUAGUCACUCUCUCAGGAAUCCUCAAAUAGUCCACCAUUCAACAUCCAAGAUGCAAUAUUGUUAUUAGCAUAAAUCAUGUACAUUGUAGAUUUCACAUGUCGGUUCACCAUUUCUAUUGUUAGACUGGUAGAUCUGUAAUUCGAAUUUGUGUAAGAAUCUCAUAUGCUUUAAAGAGCAAUAAUGCUGUUAUGUUAAGCAGAAACAAGGCUUUUGAUUUAGGGGAGCAGUACAUAGUAAAAAAAAAUUGAUAUCCAUGUACAUGUAUUUAAAAUAGGAUAUAUGCUUUAUCUGCUUUCCAAAGAAGAAAAAAACUAUGUUGACAGAAUGAACAAAUUUGCUGCAGUAGAUGCAUUGAAUUUAUAUAUUGGAUAUUGCAUAUUUACGAGCAGGAGAAAUUCACAUAUGUCAAACUUGAUGCAAAAGAAGGAUUAGAAAUGUUUGGAUAUUGUAUAUACCAGUAUUGACAGAUUAUAUUUUAAGAAAGUCAAUAUGAUAAUAAUCUGAAAUGUCCCAUUCCUAGAAUAGAAGAUAUUUAGUCUGUUCUUAAAUGUCUAAUACUCAGUUCUCUGUACUUUACUGGAAAUGUCUUCAUGCCAUUAUUUCUUAUUAAGUGUUACAACGUAUUACUUCCCCUGAUGUAUAUCAAUAUAUGUAGUUAGGUUUGCAGGGUUUGGAUGUAUAUGAAAAUUCAUAGGAUGGUGUUACACAGGCAACAAAGCUGAAUUUUACUGUACAUGUAUAUAUUAGUGGAUCAUAAUCUCAGCCAUCUUGUACUAUGUAGAUUUAGUUACCCUGUUAGUUAUACGGUUAUUGGAAAUUUCCACCGCUGUAGCAAUGUCAUGAGGUAGAUACCAUCAGUUUUCUGUUUAGUAGUGCUUGGUUAUUAGAGAUUGAGGCAAUUCAAGAUGGAAGUGCCCAGUCUUGACAAAGAAGACUUGAUAAUAAAAUAUGAAAUUAGU